GGUGGCUUAUACCUUUGUCCCUUAUUUGAUUGCCACCUUGUGUCUACUACUCUUGGGAUUCUGGGUGCUGAGUCUUCUUCAGCACAAGUUAAUUGUUUUAAUCAGAAGGAAAAAAAAAUGGCAACACAAGCAUUGAUCUCUUCAUCAUCUAUUGCCUCCUCAGCAGAGGCUACCAGACAAAUUCUAGGAGGAAGACAUUUCCAAUCUCCAAUCAAAAAGGCUUCCUUUGUUGUAAGGGCUACUGCCACUCCACCUGUUAAGCAAGGAGCAAAUAGGCCUCUCUGGUUUGCCUCCAAGCAGAGCCUUUCAUACUUGGAUGGCAGCCUUCCUGGUGAUUAUGGAUUUGAUCCCCUGGGACUGUCAGACCCUGAAGGUACUGGAGGUUUCAUUGAACCAAAAUGGCUAGCAUAUGGAGAGGUCAUCAAUGGAAGAUUUGCUAUGUUGGGAGUAGUAGGAGCCAUUGCGCCUGAGAUUCUUGGAAAGGCUGGUCUCAUCCCAGCAGAAACAGCCCUUCCAUGGUUCCAGACAGGAGUGAUUCCUCCAGCUGGAACAUACAGCUAUUGGGCGGAUGGUUACACUCUAUUUGUACUGGAGAUGGCGCUCAUGGGAUUUGCUGAACACAGAAGAUUCCAGGACUGGGCCAAGCCAGGUUCUAUGGGUAAACAAUACUUUUUGGGACUAGAGAAAGGCUUGGGAGGCUCUGGAGACCCAGCAUACCCUGGUGGACCUUUCUUUAACCCUCUCGGGUUCGGAAAAGAUGAGAAGUCUUUGAAGGACUUGAAGCUCAAGGAGAUUAAGAAUGGAAGACUAGCUAUGUUGGGUAUCUUGGGUUACUUCAUUCAAGGUUUGGUAACUGGAGUUGGACCUUACCAAAACCUCCUUGACCAUUUGGCUGACCCUGUAAACAACAACGUCUUGACCAGCCUCAAGUUCCACUAAACAAGGAACAAAUCACCCUGUUUUAGCUACCCUGUUCUGAUAUGUAACAUUAUGUGCAGAUAUUAUUUUGCACAUCUUUGUAAUCAGUUAAAAAGGACAUGCGAUUCAAAAACCUGGGUUUUUCUGA